GAAAGUGAACCGCAUAAAAGCAGAACUUACGCAUUCCUGCCAAAAGGAAGUGGAUUGAAAGGAAGAGAAGCAGAGCUUCUGUGAAGAGAAAAUUGUCCUAUCUCUUCGCCAGUGUCAGAAUGUGGAAAUGUUUACAAAAUGCUCAUUAAAAGAAAAAAGGAUCGCGAGAUAGAAACAAAAUCUGGUGCACAAGUUUACACUGGGGAGAUAAGAAAGGCUAGGCCCCUAUAGGGGAUUUUGUUAUCCAAUUACUGCAACCUGACUUUUGAGGGGAGAGGAAGAGUGGUAGGGGGAGGGAGAGAGAGGGGAAGAGUUUCCAAACUUGUCUCCAGUGACACGAGACAUUAACGCGCUACAAGAUAAAACUGCCACUUAGAGCCCAGGAGAGCUAAACCUUCCCGGGUUGGCCUGGGGGCUUGAGCAGAGUCAUGGGUUCUCUGGCCCUGCAACUGUGCGCUCUCGUCUGCCUGGUGGUUCACUCAGUUUCUGGCAGCCCCAUCAUGAGUCUGGAGCAGUCACCUCUGGAAGAAGAUAUGCCCCUCUUCGAUGAUGUCUUCUCAGAGCAAGAUGGUGUCGACUUUAACACGUUGCUGCAGAGCAUGAAGAAUGAAUUCCUCAAGACACUGAACCUCUCCGACAUCCCUUCGCAGGAUUCAGCCAAGGUUGACCCACCAGAGUACAUGCUGGAGCUCUACAACAAAUUUGCAACAGAUCGGACCUCCAUGCCAUCUGCCAACAUCAUUAGGAGCUUCAAAAAUGAAGAUCUGUUUUCCCAGCCAGCCAGUUUUAAUGGGCUCCGAAAAUACCCUCUCCUCUUCAAUGUGUCCAUUCCUCACCAUGAAGAGGUUAUCAUGGCUGAACUGAGGUUGUACACGCUGGUGCAAAGAGAUCGCAUGAUCUAUGAUGGAGUAGACCGAAAAAUUACCAUUUUUGAGGUACUAGAGAGCAGAGGGGACAGUGAGGGUGAAAGAAGCAUGCUGGUCUUGGUGUCGGGGGAGAUCUAUGGAACCAACAGUGAGUGGGAGACUUUUGAUGUCACUGAGGCCAUUAGACGUUGGCAAAAGUCAGGUUCAUCCACCCACCAGCUGGAGGUCCACAUUGAGAGUAGACACGACGGAGUUGAGGAUGCUGGCAGGGGACAACUGGAAAUAGACACCAGUGCCAGGAAUAAGCAUGUCCCUUUGCUUGUCGUGUUCUCUGAUGACCAAAGCAGCGAGAAGGAGCGGACAGAAGAACUGAAUGAAAUGAUCGCCCAUGAGCAACUUCUGGAGUUUGACAACUUGGGCAUGGACAGUUAUUCCAGCGGACCUGGAGAAGAAGCUUUGCUGCAAAUGAGGUCAAACAUCAUCUAUGACUCCACUGCCCGCAUCAGAAGGAAUGCUAAAGGAAACUACUGCAAGAGGACCCCGCUCUACAUCGAUUUCAAAGAGAUUGGCUGGGACUCUUGGAUCAUCGCCCCACCUGGAUAUGAAGCCUACGAAUGCCGUGGGGUUUGCAACUACCCCCUUGCAGAGCAUCUCACACCCACAAAGCAUGCGAUUAUCCAGGCCCUGGUCCACCUCAAGAAUUCCCAAAAGGCUUCCAAAGCCUGCUGUGUGCCCACCAAGCUAGAGCCCAUCUCCAUCCUCUACUUAGACAAAGGCGUGGUCACCUACAAGUUCAAAUAUGAAGGCAUGGCAGUCUCUGAAUGUGGCUGUAGAUAGAAGAGGAGUCCUGUGCUAAUUUAAUAACUGUAAAUGUGUAUAUUUUGUGUUCCUAUUUAAUGAGAUUAUUUAAUAAGAGUGUACAGAUGAUAGAGGCUUGCUGCCUUAGGGAAAUGGGCAGGUCAGUUUGUUGUAGGAAAUGCAUGUUUUGCUAAUACAAUAUCAUCCCUUCCAAUAUGUUUUUCUUUGGACUUGCCAUUUCUCAUCAAUGCCAUUUCCAAUAGCAAGUGGCAAGCCACACUAAUUGUCCUCUAUGUCAAUUUGAAAACAACAGGCCCUAAGCAGAAAUAGAGUGUCAGUGAUAGAUACUUGUGUAUGUAUAUGUGUACAGAGAUAAACUUACAAAAUUCCCCUGGUUCUAUAGAGGUAGAUUAUACUCCCUCAUAUGCAUGACUCAAUCAAAUGUGUAUAUAUUAAAAACUGAUGGUAUAUUCUCAGUCAACUCUUCUCUGAGUAGGAUUUAUGUCAAGAUAAUUUGCACCAGGAAUUUGACCAUCCUAUGAAGUAUGACAUUUCCUAAAUACUAUUGGAAAUGUAGGUGUAGCUUUUUUUUUUUAACUUUUUUAAAGUUUAUUUAUUUAUUUUGAGAGAGAUAGAGACAGUGUGAGUAAGGGAGGGGCAGAGAGAGAUAGAGGGAGAGAGAGAAAGAGAG